ACCCACGCGUGACCCCGCUCCCAAAUUGAAACAGCUCCGCUCCCCUCGUCGCCUCGUCGGCUUAGCUGUCCCUCUCCGGCGGUUACUUUGCUCUCCACUCGCCUCGGCUCCGCGCGCUCUUGCCCACCAUGGCCGGCGCCGCGCCCGCACCAGGCCAAGCUGGAGCCGUGCUCAAACCCCGGAAGCGCAAGGCUCCGCCCCCCGCCGCAGAGGACGAAGCGGAGGAGCUGGAGAGGGAGGUGGAGGAGCUGGAGAGCGAGCUAGCCGAUCUGGACCGACGCGUCCUCGAGCACCUCCGCGGCACGGCCAAGCGCGUUCCCGACGCGGUCGCCUCCCGCCUCGCCGCUCUCCUCCCUUCCGCCCGCAUUGAAGUUCCAACAGUUUCUGAAACUUCAAAUGUUGAAGAUGACCAAGAGCAGCUUGAAAAGCUGAAGCUCCUCAAAUUAAAAGUGGAGGCUAAUAUCGCUACAUUGCCCAAGGUUCUUGAGAGAAUGAAUGAAUCAAUUGCCCAGUGUGAGAAAUUGGAGAGUUUGAAUGUGAAUAUCCAUCCUAUUUUUCGAAGAAAAAAGAGUUCCUGACUGGUUGAUAUAUCAGUAAACAGGGAUUGAUUACUGACAGGACAGCCACAAGUGGAUGUUGGAUUUCAUUUCUUUCGUAGGUUUAUUUGAUCAGAAAGCACAACUUUGUUGGAUGUAAGAUCUGUAGUUUUGGUGCUGACCAUUUUGUUGUGGGAAAUGUCACUGUGCCAUUGAACGGAACCUACCUGCAAGUUGAAACUAGAACAGAAAGAUGGAUUUGGCCGAUGUAUUUGGAUAGACUCGUGGCAUAUGUAUUAUUGGAGGAUCUCUCAGUUCUAUUAACCUUCUCCUUACCUUAUCAGCUUCGAAAUUAAUAAAACAGCAUUUCCUAGCAACA